UACCGUGUCAUGUCCCCUCCCAAUGGCCACAAAUCCCUGUGGCUGGUGCUUCUUUUUGGAAUGGGAGUGAUGGCAGAGAGCCUGAACUGUCCAGUAAAGUGUACCUGUCAAUACCUGGAAGUGAACUGCACAGGGCAGCAGCUGCAAGAUUUCCCCACGACCAUUCCACUGGACACAAGGCAGCUGAUUCUGGCUACCAACAACAUCUCCUACCUGCCAUCGGUGGAGCUGAACUUCCUAAGUGACUUGGUCUAUCUGGACUGCAGGGAGAAUGCCAUUAGUGAAGACCUGGAUUUCACCUUCAUCAGUCUCAACAAGCUCAUCUACCUAGACCUGAGCUUCAACAACCUCACCCGGGUCACUUUCACCACUUUCUCCCAGCUCAGUAGCCUGGUGGUGCUGAAGAUCUCGGACAACCCAAAUCUGGUGGAGAUUGAGAAGGAUUCCUUUGCCAAUAACACCUGGCUGAGGCACCUGGAUGUGAGCCGGACUGGCUUGACAUUCCUGGAUAUUAGCAUUGUCAAGGAUCUGCCCAAUCUGAAGUCCCUGGGUCUAAGUGAAAACCUCUGGAACUGUAACUGCUCCUUCUUGGACUUCACCCUCUGGAUGAAAGAGAGUGGCGUUCGCUUCCCAGAUCCUGAGAACAUCUCCUGCUACAGCCCAGCAGCUCUACAUGGCUGGUCAAUGCCUGGGGUGGAGUCGAAGCUCCACUACACAUGUCUCCUCCAUUUACAUGAUACAGACUACGCCUUCCUGGGUCUGAUUGGCUUCUGUAUAUUCUCUGCCGGCACUGUGGCAGCCUGGUUGGCUGGAAUGUGUGUAGUGCUAUACGAAUUCCACACAACAAGGGGAGGGAAUGAUGAAGACGAAGAUGAAGACGAAGAAGCAACCACCUAG